AUGUCUUUAUUUUUUGUCGUUCUAGCUCACCCUCUUCCUUAUCCGUCACAAAUUAUCAUUGCCGAAGAAUAUAUUAUUAAUGAAAAGAAAAGAAUUUUUUCGACUUGUGUGGCUUUAAGGACAUGGAAGGUUGAAGAUCUUUAUGAAGAUUCUGAGAAGUGGGAAUUACUUAAAAAACUUGCAAAGGCAUAUACUGAAACUGAUAUAAAAAAUUUCGGAGGUAAAAAGUUAUUAUCAACUAGUAAAUUUUCAGUGAAUUUUCGAGAUGUUCCAAAUACCUGCAUUCACAUAACCGUGCAACCACCCGUCACUGAUGAUAAACCACCGACAAAGCGUCCUAGAUUAAUCAAUGUUCUCCAUGGGGAACAGGUUCUCGGUAUUUCGCAAAUGUCGUGGCACGAAAAAUCAGAAGCGAUCCAAAAAGCUUUAAAAGAACCUCCCAAGAUAAUUGACAAUGGAAGUUAUACUCUAGGCGAAUCAGAUUUUAUCAAAUUUAUUACUUCAGGUACUUUUGUGGAUAUAUCACUCUUUAUAAUGGAGUUUAUGAUCUAUGGACAACGUGCCAAUCUGAUUACCCGCCCUCGUCAGUUCGGAAAAACGACUAAUCUUUCGAUGCUCCAUACCUUCCUUUCAUCGAGACCUCAAGAUAGAGAUGAGAGAUUUUUAUUGUUUACGAAGCUAAAAGUUUCUCGAUUUGACUGGUUUAUGAAGUUGAACUUCGGAAAUUGGCCUGAUCUUAUCAAUAACUCCUGGCAAUUAAUGCAUAGCUCAUUAAUGCGAAGAAUUUCAGAUCUAUACACGGAACACCGAUACAUUCUCGAUGAUAAAGUUCUUGCAAAGAAUGAUGAAAAAUUUUUUAAAAAGAUACUCGCUGGAACAACAAGCGAGAACUACUUGUGUUCUACCCUUUCUUGCCUAGCACGUUUUCUUCAUACUUACUUUCAAAUGAAAUCCAUUAUUCUAAUCGACGAAUACGAUUGGCCUUUGGAAAAUGCAGGGGGAUUUUAUGAUUAUUUUUAG